UGUUUGACAUCUGCGAGCGUGAUGUGUGUGAAAGAUAAAACGUAAGGUUAAAUAAAGAUGGAUAACAAGUUAUAUAAUGUUAAUCAAUGAAAGUUAAGAGUUUAAAAUUUUUUUUCAACCUUAACAGUCGUAUACGCUCUCAUCUCUUAAAUAGAUGUCCUAAUUGUAUUCUUAGAUCUAUGAAAGCGGCUGGUAUUUAUUUAUAAUCACAGGUAGCCAUAUUUUCGCGAGGGUCGCGCUUGCUCGACCUCCAACAUGGGCGUUCCUUUUUGUCGUCUGCAAUGUGUCAAAUGAGCACCCAGCUGAAAAUGAUCGAAAACUGUUGGAUAGCCGAGUGAGAUAUUAAAUUUGCCGUGGAAAUCGAUGUGUCAACAAAGACGCCGUUAGAAAGAUCGAGGAAUAAGUUAUCUAUUUUGAUGAACGUAUCGAAUUUCCUUUCGCUAUUUUUAUUGACAGUGCUACAAUAACAAAAGAUGUGUUUCUCGUGCAAUUGAAUACGAUAAUUGAAUUAAAAGCACGAGAAAAAAAGUGCGAGCUUCAUCGGAUAAUCUCUUCUUCAUCGAAACUUCGAAACUCUUAAUUCACCGUAAAAUCAAUGAGGAUUCUCAUCGAUUUAAUCGUAAGGUUAUGCAGUGGAAUCGAAAAAAAAUAAAGAACUUUUUAUUUGCUAGUUAUUUGAUAGAAGUGAAAGAGAGUGGGAGAGAAAAAGAAAAAGAAGAGAAAAAGUUUGUUUGCGGAUAAUAAACAGCGAAAUACUUUAAUGCGUAUCGCAAGUUCUGAGAAGCUAAAGUACAAAAUUCCUGUUUCAAAUCAGCUGAUCAGCAAAGAGAGAGUCUGUGAGAUUUAAAUAGGCUUUAAUGAGAAUAUAUAUGAAUUAUUUUGAAUAUAUAUAUAUAUUGAAGAUAUUUAUUACACAAGACUUUGUUCGCGUCAGAUAAUUUUUGACGUGUAAAACACAGCAUUAUUUCUCGCGAAAAAAAUAAAACAGUUGGAAAAUGUCGGCGAACAAUUCAGCGGCGAUGAGUACAAACAGAGGCGGUAAUUUUCAAAAUCGCAAUUCCCAAAGAUCUACCCUUCUAAAAGUAGUAAUACUUGGAGAUGGUGGUGUUGGAAAGUCCUGUCUUAUGAACAGAUUCGUAUCGAAUCAUUUCGAUGAACACAGUUUUCACACUAUUGGAGUAGAAUUUCUGAACAAAGAUAUUGAAAUUAAUGGCGAAGCGUAUACGUUGCAAAUAUGGGAUACCGCCGGUCAGGAGAGAUUUAAAACUCUCAGAACACCUUUCUAUAGAGGCUCAGACAUUUGUCUUCUGACUUAUGCAGUAGAUGAUAGGACGAGUUUUAGAAAUCUAACGCUAUGGAGAUCUGAAUUUCUUAAGUAUGCAGAUGUUCAAGAAGACUCCAGUUUUCCAUUUAUUGUUGUUGGUAAUAAGGUGGAUGUUACAGAGUCUGAGAAGCAGGUUUCCACAGAAGAAGCUCAAGCUUGGUGUUUAGAAAAUGGCAGUCCUCCGCUAGUUGAAACAUCAGCGAAAGAUGCCACUAAUGUUGAAGCAGCAUUUGGGGCAGCGGUUGACGCAUGGGCGAGAUUAGAAGCUAGAUUAGAACGGCCUUUAGUGGAAGACACUGUCGAUCUUUCUAAACAGCAGUCUCCACAUCGUUCGAGCUGCUGCAUGCCUGUGUCCAGCGCUGAAUCUUCAUUUGUGACCAGCUAAUUGAAAUGGGUUGUAAGAAGAUAAGCAUAUAUAUACAAUCUUAGACAAUACAACAUUUUUGGAAUGGUCAUUUAAAGUUUCUUUACAUUUGGAAGGAGUACAUGUCACAAAUUGAAUACGUAGAAAUGAUGUUUUUACUCUCUUUAGGAUCAAUAAGAACACUACACAAUAUGAGUGUAAGAUAUAAUUUUACUGAUUUUUUAUAAAUUUACAGAAGGAUGCACACCUCGUGAAAAUUUAUUUUUAAUCCGUAAAGAAUUCGGACUUGUUAAAGUUAAAUGUCUGAUUAAUUAAUCUCAUUUCUCAGUUUCUCUUUUCAGUUUUGUCAGAGAUAGAUAUUUUUACAAAUUAUACUUAAGAUAUUAUUUCUUCACACAUGGCAUACUUUGUUUCUAGGUCUAACAAAGUAAUUUGAAGAGAAUCUCUUGCCUGCCUACAAUAUUCUCUUCAUUAUAUGGUAAACUUUCUUUAUUGACACGCUGGAAUUACGUCGAUUGUAUGUAAACGGCAUAUAUUGUUACAAAUUUUUUACUUAAGGCUGAUUAAAAUUUCCAAAGAAUGUGGUCUAAUUUAUAGGAUAUUAUUAGCAGUGAAUGAACGAUGAUUUUGCUGAUUAAGUCUUUCUUUUCUAUGAAUCUUAACAAAAUACUCAAGUAAAGCCACAGAAGUCGUAUAUGAGACAAAUAAUGUAUUGUGUGAGAUAUACAUAUAUAUAUUCUGUAUUCUGGAAAUAUAUAUAUAUAUAUAUAUUUCCAGAAUACAACCUUAAGAUCAAGUUAAACGUCCUAUCAACGCUUUGUGCAGCUCUUAAUAAACUACUAACAGUAUUUUAAGUGUUUUCACACACCACUGGCUUGUGAUAAAAUAUAAUAAUAAUAAUAAUAAUAAUAAUAAUCAUGAAUUGCUUUAUUAAAUAAGGGAUAGGCAUAAGAUGUAAUUUUAGCUUUGUAAUCUAAAUUUGCCUUAUCCUCGCGAUAUACGUCUGAGAACAGUAAAGUAACAUGUAUUUUUUAUUUAAGCAUAAUCUUGCUAUGGAUAUUCAUGUGCGAAUCUAUAUGUGAAUUUGAUAUUUGUACAAAAUGCGGCAUAUGCUUUUCUGCCCUUAGAAUAUUUCUCAUUCAAUGUCUAACAAUUUUUCUACUAAUUAAUAAUGUUAUGAAGGAGUGAAAUUUUUUAUAAACAAUCAUCGCCGCACAUUUUAUUCGCAAGGUUCUUGAUUCUUCAGAAACACAGCCUCAUAUAGCACAAGGAGAAAAGUAUGUAACAAUUUUCCAACAAGAUUUAAACUGUGUAUAAAAUGUGCACAUGCUGGUGCUUUUUAUAUGUGCUAUAUAUAAUUACUAUAUGUGAAGUAUAUAAAUUUAUAAUAAAAUAUAUGAUGAUACUUAAAAUAUUAAGUACAUAAAACACUAAUCAUAUCAAGGUGAGAGAUGACUUCAUCUCAUAAUCACCACAAUACAUAAGCAUCAUUCUUAUUCCAAAUCUCUAUAUCGAAAGAUCUAUGAAUUAUUUUUUUAAAGAUACUGCUGCACAGAUACAUAUAAAUAUAUUAUUUA